AUGCCGCGAUCCUUCCUUGUUAAGAAAGUCAAGCUGGAUGAUUUCCCAUCCCCUACUACCAGCAUCCCAUCGCCGACUUCAGAUUACGAUAACCCUUAUGCCAGAAGCGCCACCAAUAACGUUGGGAGUCUAACCACUCGAUUGCACGAAAAAGGGUACAUCACCGGGUAUAUGACGCCUUCCGUCUACGACGGAGACCACCAGAACGCGAUUAAGCUGUCUUCGCCCGAGCCGAUCUAUGCAACAGUGCACGGUGAAUACGGAGUGCCGGACUCAGAAGCACCGGACAGCCCGCAAUCUGGGAUUACAACCGGCUACAUCAACGGGGAUGCGGCGGUGAGCGAAGGCUACACGGUGGAUGCUUUCUUCAUCACAGACGGUAGGUCGAGGAGGAAAGCGAUCGGCGGCUCUAGGAGCACCAUCCAGCGGCAUACUUGCAACGACUGCGGCAAAACGUACGCCACGUCGUCCAACCUGAGCCGGCACAAGCAGACACACCGGAGCCUGGACAGUAAAAUGGCCAAAAAAUGCCCGACCUGCGCCAAGGUUUACGUCUCCAUGCCGGCCAUGGCAAUGCAUCUGCUCACCCACGACCUCAAGCACAAGUGUGAAAUCUGCGGCAAGGCGUUCAGCAGACCUUGGCUCCUGCAAGGUCACAUGCGCUCUCACACCGGGGAGAAGCCGUUCGGCUGCGCGCACUGUGGCAAAGCGUUCGCCGACCGCUCCAACCUCCGCGCCCACAUGCAGACUCACUCGACGUUCAAGCACUUCAAGUGCAAACGCUGCAACAAGACCUUCGCGCUCAAGUCGUAUCUGAACAAGCAUUAUGAAUCCGCCUGUUUUAAAGGCGCCAUGCCGGCUCUGAAUGCAUUAGAAGCUUGA